CCCCUUACGGGUCACGUGACCAGGGGCGCUCUGGGUGACGUGGAGUUGAGCCCGCCGGAGCCAUGGCUGGCUUGGUGGACUUCCAGGACGAGGAGCAGGUGAAAUCCUUUCUGGAGAACAUGGAGGUGGAGUGCAACUACCAGUGCUACCAAGAGAAGGACCCGGACGGUUGCUAUCGGCUGGUGGACUAUCUGGAAGGGAUCCAGAAGAAUUUCGAUGAAGCUGCUAAGGUGCUGAAGUUCAACUGUGAAGACAACAAACACAGUGAUAGCUGCUACAAACUGGGGGCCUAUUACAUAACUGGAAAAGGUGGUUUGACUCAGGACCUGAAAGCUGCCUUCAGCUGCUUUCUGAUGGCUUGUGAGAAGCCUGGCAAGAAGUCUGUGGAAGCCUGUCAUAAUGUCGGUCUCCUGACACACAAUGGAGAGGUUAACGAGGAUGGCCAGCCUGACCUGGGGAGGGCCAGGGACUACUACACAAGGGCUUGUGAUGGUGGCUUUGCUCCCAGCUGCUUCAAUCUCAGUACCAUGUUCCUGCAGGGUGCUCCUGGCGUCCCCAAGGACAUGGCCCUGGCUUGUAAAUACUCGAUGAAAGCCUGUGACCUGGGCCAUAUCUGGGCCUGUGCCAAUGCCAGUCGCAUGUACAAGCUGGGGGAUGGUGUUGAUAAGGACGAGGCAAAGGCUGAGGUGCUAAAAAAUCGGGCCCGGCAGUUGCACAAAGAACAGCAGAAAACUGUUCAGCCCUUAACAUUUGGGUGAUGUGGCUUACCCUCCUCCCCGGGCAGCAGUUUGAGGCUGGCACCUCCUGUUUGAGACCUGAUGCAGCCCUUGACAGAUAACCUCUUGGAGCAGGAGAACUUGGGUCUUGAUUUCAGCAGUGCUGGUUACAUAGAUCCGUUUAUUCUAGAGUGUCACCUACUGGGCUGUGGCCUGCAAUGUGUAUUUCAGUCAAUAAUCCUUUAUCUGUUUAAAUUCUAUGAA